AUGGUUUCUGUUAUCUAUCAAUCGAAAAAUGUUUGCGUAAUCGGUGCAGGACCGUCGGGGCUGGUGGCAGCCAGGGAGCUGAGGAAGGAAGGCCACAAUGUGGUGGUUCUGGAGCAAAACCAUGAUUUUGGAGGACAAUGGCUUUAUGACCCUAAUGUUGAGGGUGAAGAUCCUUUAGGAAAGGGCACUACCUUGAAGGUCCAUAGCAGUCUCUAUGAGUCAAUAAGGUUGGUCUCUCCUAGAGAGAUAAUGGGUUAUAGUGAUUUCCCAUUUUUGGUGAAGAAAGGUAGGGACAUGAGAAGAUUUCCGAGCCAUAGGGAACUUUUCUUGUACCUUAAGGACUUUUGUGAAUGGUUUGGGUUGAAGGAGAUGUUAAGGUUUAAUGUUAGGGUUGAUUAUGUGGGGAUGUGGGAGAAUUCAAAAUUUGGUGAAGAUUUGAAAUGGGUUGUUAGAAGCAAAGAGAAGAAGUCUGAAAAGGUGGUGGAAGAGAUCUUUGAUGCAGUCAUUGUGGCCACAGGUCAUUACUCCCAACCCAGACUGCCUGAUAUUCAAGGACCGUCGGGGCUGGUGGCAGCCAGGGAGCUGAGGAAGGAAGGCCACAAUGUGGUGGUUCUGGAGCAAAACCAUGAUUUUGGAGGACAAUGGCUUUAUGACCCUAAUGUUGAGGGUGAAGAUCCCUUAGGAAAGGGCACUACCUUGAAGGUCCAUAGCAGUCUCUAUGAGUCAAUAAGGUUGGUCUCUCCUAGAGAGAUAAUGGGUUAUAGUGAUUUCCCAUUUUUGGUGAAGAAAGGUAGGGACAUGAGAAGAUUUCCAAGCCAUAGGGAACUUUUCUUGUACCUUAAGGACUUUUGUGAAUGGUUUGGGUUGAAGGAGAUGUUAAGGUUUAAUGUUAGGGUUGAUUAUGUGGGGAUGUGGGAGAAUUCAAAAUUUGGUGAAGAUUUGAAAUGGGUUGUUAGAAGCAAAGAGAAGAAGUCUGAAAAGGUGGUGGAAGAGAUCUUUGAUGCAGUCAUUGUGGCCACAGGUCAUUACUCCCAACCCAGACUGCCUGAUAUUCAAGGAAUGAAUACAUGGAGAAGAAAGCAAAUGCACAGUCACAUUUAUAGGAUUCCAGAGCCAUUCCGCAAUGAGGUGGUGAUUGUGAUUGGUAAUUCAAUGAGUGGGCAGGACAUAGCCAUUGAGCUUGUGGAUGUGGCAAAGGAGAUCCAUCUCAGUGCCAAAUCUCUUGAUAUUUCAGAGGGAUUAUCAAAAGUAAUCUCCAAAUAUGAUAAUUUGCACCUUCAUCCAUUGGUAGAGUCCCUGCAAGAAGAUGGAAGAGUUAUAUUCAUAGAUGGCUCUUGUAUAACGGCCGAUACCAUCAUAUACUGCACAGGGUAA